AUGCGUUUCUCGCACAAUAUACUCAACAUUUCAGUAUCAACAACAAUCAGUUCAACAACACUCAGUUCUCUAACAUCAUCCAGUUUAAUAGCGACCAAUCUAUCACCACCACCCAAUCCAUCAACAACAGCCAAAAUGCCACGAACUCUUCGUUCCAAUAAGGUAUACCCUGAUUAUACUCCCUCUUCUGGUGCCAAUAAUGUUACAAUAAAUCAGAGGUAUGAGCUCAUAGAUGAGAAUCCGAUUCCAAAGGGCCUCUUAAGCAAGGUGAUUGAUGAUUGUCACCUCGAGUUUAUAGAUGUCGGGGCGAGAAGCGAUGAAGACCCCAAUGAUCCAGAGAGAAAUAACCAUGCCAUUCUCCGAUUCACGUUCCUACGCGAGCUGACAAAGGACACCCCAUACGCACCUAGUGCCACUCGGGGAGUUAUCCUGGACUUGGAAGGUGAGCUCGCAUACGACGAGAAUACUAGUGAAGGUGUGCUUAGGAUGAGGACCUUCCGAUACGCAGGCGCGCACCAAGACGCGCUUCGCCAGCUACGCUUACGUGUGGUGAGUGGGAGCAAACUUGGGGAUGUGAUUAAUAUCAUCCGAGACAGUCGUAUGAUUCUUUGUUACUUUGAUGCCGCAGCCUCAACUAACUACUUGACUGGCUGUAGAGAUUUUGUAUCGCAACUGAUUUAUCAACUGCAUAGGAACGCAUUUUUGAAUCUUCCGACUGGUCCUGACAUUCCAGGUUACCCCGGCUCUACAACAGUUGCCCAGAGUUUCAAUUGGAGAUAUAAUAGGACUAUAGCCAACGUUGCCAGUCCUGUGGUGUAUGCUGUCUUUAACCCAGUAUACGUGCAUGUGCCCGUUCCCGGGAUCAAUUAUACUGGAACGCGUCGUGUCAUCAUCUAA